AUGGCGCCCAUACCAGCAACUAUUGACGAAGAGACGCAGGAGACUCUUAAGCGCACGCGGAGGCGACAGAUUGACCUAGUCGAGUCCCAGAUUCCUCGGCUCCGUCAAUGUACCGGUCCCCUCGCCGCCCAGCAAGCGCUCGCUGCCGACGUGCGCGAUGACCUGGACACAUUUGCACGCCUACUGGAGUCCCUCUCCCUUAUUGCUGAGGAUAGUCGCUCGCCAAAUCUACGGCGUGAGGUCGAUGACCUCAAUAAAUCCCUCACGCGCCUCCGUCAGGACUUCCGCACCGCCCUCCUCGAAUCAGCACGCAAUGUGAAAGCGCAGGCGCGGGCGAACAGGGAUGAGCUACUACGCUCCUCCGCCGCGUCGCAAGAGAAGGGGGCUGGCGCGAAUGAGAAGAUCACGGAGGACGUACUGAUGCGGGCCAACAACGAUGUGACGGACGCUCUGCGACGUACAGUGGCUGCGAUGCAGAAUGAGUUGGAGCGCUCGGUGCUAAGCACACAAAUGCUUGAGUCCUCCACUGCCUCCCUCAAGGCUACUUCCUCCGCCCACGACACCCUCACAAACGUGAUGGGCACGUCAAAACAGCUACUCGCCGCGCUGGAACGCACCGACUGGCUCGAUCGCCUCCUCAUCCUCUCCGCCAUGUUCUUCUUCUGCAUCGUCGUCCUCUUGAUUGUCAAGGAACGCGUCUUCGACCGCAGCAUGCGCAUUGCCUUUUGGUGGACUCGCUUAAUACCGAACUUCAGCGGCGACGUUGAGCUCCUGGACCAACUGGAGAAGGGAGCUGCACAGGCCACUGCAUCAUUGUCAAGUAUAGUGGCAGAAGUAUCGGAUACCCUGACUGAGGCAGGCUCGACGCUCACGGAGAGUAUGACUUCAUCGACACCGACUACGUCCUUAGUUCAAACAAUAGCCUCGUCACCAACCACCAUCCUCUCGCAAGCGACGGAAGCUAUCCAUAACGAACUCUAA